AUGGUUUACGUCUUGCAAGGAUGGAUUUCUCAGAUGCUCAAGGAGGGAAAGGUCCUCGCGAUCGGAAAGCGGGCGACAAUAAAAUCUCACAUUGCAGUCUACCUUAAUUCAGGGAACGAUAUUGAAACAGCAUCACAGAUGCUGGAGGCAAUCAACUCUUUCGAACGUGUCGCAGGAGUACAAGCGAUGAUCUGUAGUCCACCAACGUCUCGUCUAAGAACGUCAAUAAAGUGGGAAGGUGUAAGCUAUAUCAGUUACAUUCAGUGAGAUGAAGAGUGUUUAAAAGUAUGGAAAGCUUGUGCCGUACAGUAAGUUUAAUUGUCCAUCCGAGCUACCAUCUCUAUCCAGCUCAUCCUCAAGUUACAACUCCGUCAAAGUGAACUUUGUCCCUUAUAAAGCUAAGAGGAAUUAA